AUGAUGCUCAGAGCCAAUGCGGGGGUGGUUUCGACCACUCUACUGCUCCUCGCGUCUGCGACAGAUGUCAUCGCCCAGACGUGCGACCUGCCGUCUACCUAUCGCUGGACAUCGACUGGCGCGCUGGCCACACCCAAAUCCGGAUGGGCCUCGCUCAAGGACUUCACCACCGUCACUUACAACGGUCAGCACCUCGUAUACGCGUCGACUCAUGACCAAGGCUCAACCUGGGGCUCCAUGAACUUUGGCCUCUUUUCCGAUUGGUCUCAAAUGGGUGCUGCGUCUCAAAAUGCAAUGACCCAGUCCGCCGUCGCGCCUACCAUCUUCUACUUCCGUCCCAAGAACAUCUGGGUCCUCGCCUAUCAAUGGGGUCCGACUCAGUUCUCUUACAAGACGUCGAGCGAUCCCUCCAUUGCGAACGGGUGGUCCGCGGCGCAGCCCAUGUUCUCCGGAACCAUCUCCGACUCCAGCACCGGCCCCAUCGAUCAGACGCUCAUUGGCGACAGCACGAACAUGUACCUAUUCUUCGCGGGCGACAAUGGCAAGAUCUACCGCUCUAGCAUGCCCAUUGGAAACUUCCCGGGCAACUUUGGCACCGCCUCGACAGUUGUCAUGAGCGACACGACCAACAACCUCUUCGAGGCUGUCCAAGUCUACGCCGUCAAGGGUAAACAGCAGUACCUCAUGAUCGUCGAGGCUAUUGGCGUCAACGGCCGCUACUUCCGCUCCUUCACGGCCACCAGUCUCGGCGGAGCGUGGACGGCCCAGGCCGCAACUGAAAGCAAUCCCUUUGCUGGCAAGGCCAACAGCGGUGCUACUUGGACCAAUGAUAUCAGCCACGGCGACUUGGUUCGCAGCGAUCCCGACCAGACUAUGACUAUCGACCCGUGCAAUCUUCAACUCCUCUACCAGGGACGGUCUCCUAGCUCCAGCGGCGACUACGGCCUGCUGCCGUACCGCCCGGCAGUUCUCACGCUGCAGCGAUAA